AUAGUCGAUGGUCGGAGGUUCCAACGUCGCAAAACGCUGCGCCGUCUGCAAAUCAGAGGGGAAAAAAGAACGGAAAGCGCAAGAAUGGGAGGAAAAGGAAGAAGGCGGAUGCUGGUGGGGUUGGCGGUGGCUAUGGUGUUCGGAUUUGCAGUUUAUUUGCGGCUUUGGGCCGUCGAUUACACCAUCUCGUCCAAUGAAGCCGAUUUGCUUAGACGACAAUUUGAUAUCGCCAAUCGGGAGGCAAUGGAUGAAUCUGCGGAGUGGAGACUCAAGUACGAUAUGGAGGCAGAGAAGGCCACAAAGUGUGCCAAGGAAUUAGAAGAGUUUAAGGAGUCUACCGGGAAGUUGGAGGGUUCCACUGACUUUAGCCAAAAACUCGAAAUGCAACAAAAGGUACUUCUGCACCAAAUGCAGUUUCCUUUCUUUCCUUCAUACCUCUCUUUCAUGAUCAGGAAUUCAGGAUUCUGUUCUGGGUGAAACACUAGAACUAGAUAGUUCGGCAUAGCUUCCUCCCACGGCUUUGGACCCUUUGGUAACAAAAAUAAACCUAAUGUUUAUUUUUCUUAUAAGCCCCUGAAAAACUUUAUUAGAUAGCUAUUACAAUUGUUGCUGCAAAAGAGUGCGACAAAUAUGGUUUUAUAAAUCUCUUAUGGUCAAUUGCUACAGUUAUUUACAAGUCUUACUGUUACCAGGAAAAUGAGGCCUUGCGGAAGCAGGUGGAAACGCUAAAACUUGAGAUGGAGUCUUUGAAAUUGAAAUGCCACUAGCUAGCAAAUGAUAAAGCAAAGAUAAAUAAGUUUUUCCCUAGGGAAGCUGCACCAUCCACUUGGUUACUAGGUAAAGACAAUGGAUUUUUCAGGUGUCCUCCUGGAGUUGAAGGUAGAUGCACCAUUUAGCAUCAGUUUUUCAUGUGAGAGUUGGUUAUAGGAAAUCGGCACACCAUGUUACAACAGAAAGUUCACUUCCCCUUCAGCAGAGGCUAGCAAUGCAAGGCUCUCUCUUUGUUGUUCUCGAGUCUCUUUCUUUCCUUUUGUUUUAAGGAGGGGCAUUUGGGGAAAUGAGACAAGUAUAAUGUCAAUGAAGGUUGACAAACUCGUUUAGGACAUAAGCCAUUGGAAAGAAAAUUGAAUAGCAUGUAUGUUAUUAUAUAGUGAUUGUUUUCCUUUGGUACUUAUUCCAUUUAUCUUGCUUUGAUGACAAUUUGUAACGAUUUUUAUACAUAAUUUUUUUUGCUAAUUUUUAAAGUAGGGAAAAGAACCUUGGGAAUC